CCCCUCGGCUAACGGCCGGGGUAGGGGCCGGGGCCAUGGCGAGGGCGGGCGCUGCGCGGCCCUGCAAGGCGCUGUCCGCUGGGAGGCACGCGGGAGCGGCGAAGGUACCGGGUGGAAGGAAACGGUUUGGAUUAAGAAAAGAAUGUCAUCCUGAUGUGGAGGCUGGAUACUCUCUCUAUUCCACUGAUUCUGAUGACCAGGUUGAUACUAUUCAUAACGGACUUGACCAUUGUGCAACUUUACUGAAGAAUAUCUUACAAAAUGAGGCUACAGGAAGGAAGACUAACCAUAAACAACCUGGGAAAACAACUUCUGUUAAAUUUACUUCCAAGCCUUUGCUAACAAAAGCAAGUACAUCCAAUAAGAAUGGGCUGAAAAAGACUAUUACUGCUGCACACGUCCAAAAAGAAAUUGUGCAAAUAUCAAACAAGAAACUUGCCUCAUCUACCACACCAUCUACAGAGAAAGAACUUUCUGGUGCACAACAGAAUCAGCUGGUUCAGCCAAUUCAUAUGCCUUGCAGUCAACAGUCUCCUGUGAUGCAUCAGAAACUGUGUGAACAUGUGCAAACUCAGAUGUCUCUGGUAACUGGCCAGCCACCGCAGAGCAGUAGCCAAAUUCCUACUGUAACUCCUUUUCCUACCUCAGAUAAUGGAUAUCAAAAUGUUACAGCUUUUAAUUAUCGAUUACCAACCUCCACAGCAGAUCUGUCCCUGCAGUGUGCAGCUAAUCCCUUAUCUACGCAAUCAGAUGUUCCUGUAAGCAGUGGCAAUGAAUAUGUGGCACAGAUGAGAGGAACUGUGGCUUUACCUGUAGUUUCUAAUUCUACUCCACAAACGCAGUCUGCCAGCGCUCUUCCCUGUGUAGCAUCAGGUGCAUCACAUAACUCUACGGUGCCUACAUUCAUGCCAUCAUCUGUUGGCAGAGAGAUGACCCCAACUCAUGAGCAGCAGCGUAAAGAAGCAGACCUGAUAAGAUGCAUACAAGCUCACCUGUCCCUGUUACAAUCGCAUGAAAUGACAAAUGGCAGGAGUGAUCAGAAGCAAUGUCGUCAUUGUCUAGCAACACAAAAUGCCUCAACGAACAGGGAGGAGGACACUUUUGAAGCACUCAGUGAAGAAGACGACUUGAAUGUACUUGAUGUAGCUCCAGUGAGAGAUACAAGUUGCCAGAGAAGUUUUGUAAGGAAAGAUCUAAAACAGAGACAAGAAAGCCCAGAAAAAACAGCCCGUAAAGUUAAGACAGUGAAAUAUCUCUUGGGAGAGCUCCGAGCGCUGAUAACAGGUCAAGAUGAUUCAGAGAUGUUAAGGUUGAUGAAUGAAAUAGAAGACUGCAUAUCAUUGCUCCCAGCUGUAGUGGGAAGUACGAAUGUACAAACCGAAAUAGCGCUAGCGUUACAGCCUCUCAGAAGUGAAAAUGCGCAGCUGCGUAGGAGACUGAGAAUAUUAAACCAGCAACUCGGGGAACGAGAGAGAAAUGAGAAGACAUCUGGACAGAGCUGCAACUAUGAAUUAGUUUCUUUGCAGUCCUUGAAUAUGAUGCUCCAGACUCAAUUGCAAGAAUCACUGAAAGGCCUCGAGUCGCUGCAGGCUAAAAAUGAAGAGCUACUUAAAAUAAUAGAAAAUCAGAAGGAAGAAAAUAAACAUCUUGUAAGAGAUAUUCAAGAUAAAGAAAAUGAAUUGCUUGAAAACAAACAGCAAUAUGAUAUUCAUUCCACCAAGCUCAAGCUCGAGGUGGAGGAAGCAUUAGCAAAUGUGAAGAGCCUUCAGUUUAACCUGGAAGCUUCUGAGAAGGAAAAUAAGAUUUUGGGCAUAACAUUACGCCAGCGUGAUGCAGAAGUUAACAGACUACGUGAGUUAACCAGAACUUUGCAGGGCAGUAUGGCCAAACUUCUGUCAGACCUCACAGCAGACAACAUUAAACCCAGAUCUGAAAAAGGUCUCUCAAAGUCCCUUUUGGAAGACUAUGAGAAACAGAUGCAGCCUGAUCCAUUUCCUGGGAGUACUUCAGUAAUGACUUACCUUAAAAAAUUAGAAAUGGAUCAUAUUUUGACAGAUACAGAACUUCAAUUUUCAAAUAAGAACAGAGAAUUGCAAAUGCUAAAUCUAGCCUAUGAAAAGUUUGCUGCUGAAGAAAAUAAUAUAAACCAUAUAUUCUCAGAAGAAAGAACAUCAGCUUCCAGAAUAUUGCCAACCUUACUGAAGCAAGAUGCAGAAACAGUUAGUGAUUCUGGGACUUUAAUAGAUGAACUAAACAAGUUGGAUGAGACUGUUUACAUUCCACUGACUAGCAGUGCCUCAAAAAAACAGGUAUUCUCUGGGAGAACUGAUGGAGUACACCAUACUAGAGGGGCUUGUAAGAUGUUAGAGUUCAACUGUGAGCUGUCAAACUCUUCGCAGCAGAAUAGAUGUGAAAUGUCAAAGGAUCCAAAAAUUCUGGAUCAAUUAAGUUCUGGGUACAGUGUGAAAAAGACUAUGGAAAACACACUUGAAGUUACAGAGGAUAAGGUGAAGCCAGGAGACAAAGUCCAAGUGAAGCCAAAAGGCACUCCAAGUGGAGCUGCAAAAGACUCUACAGACAAACCAGGCCAAAUUCAGCCACGUGUUCUGAUGCCAUUUCAGAAGGAGUUUUCUAAGAAACGAGGCAAUGAAGUAACUGAUACUAGUUUUAUUUCAUUUGAUGAUAUAUCAGGGAAGUCUGAAUGGAGUGCAUCCUCUUUUUCAACAUUUACUUCUCGAGAUGAAGAGGACUUUAAGAAUGGCUUAGCAGCGUUGGAUGCCAACAUAGCUAGGUUACAAAGAACUCUGCAAAACACCAUUAUGAAACAAUGAUUAUGAGGAAACAAAAUAGGAUGUGCUUGUUCAGAUAAUUUAGUUUUUUUUUCUUUUUUUUUUUUCUGAGGUGUAUUAAUAAGUAUGGUACUGACAGUAGUAUUUGUAUUUUUUGUAUGAAUUGAGUUCCCAGCUGUUUAAAUUAUGAAUGGAAUUUGUUCCUCAUUAAAUUAUGGUGCUGCUUCCCUUGAUGUGUAUAACUUCAAAUAACUGGUAUAAAAUCAUUUUAUUUUAUUUUUUUAAUUGAUGACUUAGGUUUAUACCCUGUAGCUGCAAAACCUAAUUCUUAGCACAACCUUUAGUAACUAAUAAAUUAAUGCACUGUUGGCAGUAUUUUUUUCUAUUAAAUGAUAAAAGUACA